AUGGUGGACAAGUACGUGCCCACUGUGGCUGACUCCAAACGCGCCAUGGAUGAAUACACGUCCGAGAUUUUCAUGGGUGGAAAGAACACGAUUGUCAUGCACAACACUUGUGAGGACUCGUUGUUGGCCACUCCCUUGAUCUAUGAUUUGGUGAUCCUGGGUGAGCUGUGUGAACGUAUCACCAUGAAGAAAGAGGGUAGCAAAAACUGGGAAACAUUCCACCCAGUCCUUUCUCUUCUUUCAUACAUGCUGAAAGCCCCGCUUGUCCCAAACGGUGCACCUGUCGUCAAUGCUCUUUUCACGCAACGCCAGGCAAUCAUCAAUGUUAUGCGUGCCUGUCUUGGACUCGGACCCGACAACCACAUGACCUUGGAACAUCGUUUCGAGUCCACUCUGGCCGAUUUGCAGAAGCAAGCGACCACUGGCAAGAAACGCAAGGCAGGUCAAAUUUAA